UUAUACAUCCUUGUUUUACUCUAUGCAAACAUCAAACUAAGAAUGGCAAAAAUGAGUUUCUCUUCCUACAUACUAAUACUAACUUUUUCUUUGCUUUCUCAAGGCGUCUUACUUUCAGCAUCCAAGUCAAUAAGUAAUUUAGAAGAUGACAUGGUAUUUAAAGCGUUGAGGCUAGGGAAAGCCUUUCAGAAGGAAGAUACUGCAGAAAAAUCGGUGGUUGUUCCUUCCCUGGAGCAAUAUAAAAAUGAUGAGAGCAGUUUUAUGAAUGAUGAGGAGAACAAAGAUUCAAAGACCACAGGUUCCAAACAUAAUUUCUUAAAUCAUGGUCUGCCACUGAAUCUGGCUAUAAAACCUUAUCUUGCACUAAAAGGAUCUGUAGCUUUUCCAGCUGAGAAUGAAGUUCAAAAUACUGAAUCAACACAAGAAAAGAGAGAAAUUGGGGAUGAAGAAAACUCAGCUAAAUUUCCUAUAGGAAGGAGAGAUUUUGACAUGCUCAGGUGUAUGCUGGGAAGAGUCUAUCGACCUUGUUGGCAAGUCUGAUGAUACUUGUUGGUCCACAUCACCUUUUCAGAAGAAAAAAAAAAUCAUUUAAUUGCCUGUGGGGGAAAAGCCAUUAAUGUUACUAUGACUUGUAUUAUUUUAAAUGUUUGUUUUAAAAGAAAGUGGUAUUAAGAUAUAUCAGUAACCUAUAUGAUAUGCUUUAUCUGUGCAUUAAACUUUGUGAAUAUUCUGCA